AUGUGCCACUCUGACCCCCUUAUUCACCGUCCCUCCACCUUACCCCACUGUCUCCAUGACAAAUGUGACAUCCUGACCCCCUUAUUCACCAUCCAUCCACCUUACCCCACUGUCUCCAUGACAAAUGUGACGCCCCUGACCCCCUUAUUCACCAUCCAUCCACCUUACCCCACUGUCUCCAAGACAGAUGUGACGCCCCUGACCCCCUUAUUCACCAUCCAUCCACCUUACCCCACUGUCUCCAUGACAAAUGUGACGCCCCUGACCCCCUUAUUCACCAUCCAUCCACCUUACCCCACUGUCUCCAAGACAGAUGUGACGCCCCUGACCCCCUUAUUCACCAUCCAUCCACCUUACCCCACUGUCUCCAAGACAGAUGUGACGCCCCUGACCCCCUUAUUCACCAUCCAUCCACCUUACCCCACUGUCUCCAAGACAGAUGUGACGCCCCUGACCCCCUUAUUCACCAUCCAUCCACCUUACCCCACUGUCUCCAAGACAGAUGUGACGCCCCUGACCCCCUUAUUCACCAUCCAUCCACCUUACCCCACUGUCUCCAUGACAAAUGUGACGCCCCUGACCCCCUUAUUCACCAUCCAUCCACCUUACCCCACUGUCUCCAAGACAGAUGUGACGCCCCUGACCCCCUUAUUCACCAUCCAUCCACCUUACCCCACUGUCUCCAUGACAAAUGUGACGCCCCUGACCCCCUUAUUCACCAUCCAUCCACCUUACCCCACUGUCUCCAAGACAGAUGUGACGCCCCUGACCUCCUUAUUCACCGUCCAUCCACCUUACCCCGCUGUCUCCAUGACAAAUGUGACACCCUGA